GCCCAGCAGAGAGAAGAAGGAGAAGAGAGCGGAGGGAACGUCACAUCACUCAGGACUGACAAUGGGGAGGAAGAAGAGGGACUGCCUGGCUCUGCUCUGCCUCCUGCUACAGAUUACGGGAGGAUUGGCGGAAUGGGACAUUUGUCGCUAUGAUUUUGCGGAUAAGGAAUACCAUUUCUCGGUGCCCCGAUCUCUGGACCCCGGCACGGUGGUGGGAAAAGUGGACUUCAUUACCUGCGGCCUGAAAACGAACGUUCGCUAUGAAUCCAAAGACUCUCACUUUGAAGUCCAGGCUGACGGCGCCAUCGUAGUAAAGGAACAUCUAAAGCUUCAUGGACACAAAGAGUUCGGUGUUGUGGCAUUGGAGGGGAAUAAUGUUCUCACUGAGACCACCGUGACACUGAGAAAACGCCACCCCCACCACAGACAGGCUGAACAUCCGUCAGGUGAGCUUCGGAGACAGAAGAGAGAUUGGGUCAUCCCACCAAUUCAAUGCUCUGAAAAUGAAAGAGGUCCAUUUCCCAAAAGGCUCAUCCAGGUGAAGUCCAGCCGGGCCGCCGAACUUUCUGUGUUCUACAGCAUCACAGGCCAAGGGGCCGACUCUCCGCCCGUGGGGACUUUUAUCAUUGAGAGGACUAGUGGAUGGCUUAACGUGACCCGACCUCUGGACAGAGAGACUAUACCCAAAUAUGUGGUCUUGGUCUACGCCGUCUCAUCAAAUGGCCAACAAGUGGAGAACCCCAUUGAGAUUAUUAUUAAAGUGACCGAUCAGAACGACAACCGUCCGUACUUCACCCAGCAGGUGUUUGAAGGCACAGUGACCGAGGGGUCCAAACCGGGGACCCCUGUGAUGAAUGUCACAGCAGAAGACGCCGACGACACCGAGGACACCAAUAAUGGAAUUCUCGCCUACUCUAUCGUCGGUCAGGAUCCCCCUCUACCAACCCCUACAAUGUUCACCAUCGAUCAAGCCUCCGGACUGAUCAGCGUUGUGACCGCCGGAUUGGACCGCGAGCUGUAUCCUGUGUAUACUCUGACUAUCAAAGCCGCGGACCAGGAGGGGGCCGGAUAUGAAACCAGCGCCAAAGCUGUGAUCACCGUAACAGACGCCAAUGACAACGCUCCCGUAUUCGAUCCCAUUCAGUACUCAGCGAAGGUCCCUGAAAACGCUGUGGGGUAUGAGGUUGCGCUCCUGACGGUCACAGAUGACGACACCCCCAACACAGACGCCUGGACAGCCGUGUAUAAGAUUGUUAAAGGCAAUGAAGGAAACCUAUUUGGUAUAACUACAACCCCAGAUAACAUGGGUCAGCUGACAACGGUGAAGGGACUGGACUUUGAGACGAAGAAACAAUACACCCUGUUGGUAGCGGCCACCAACAAAGCCGGAUUUUCUGUACCGCUGGUAACUUCUACCGCCACCGUCAUGGUGGAUGUGGAGGAUGUGAAUGAGGCUCCGAUCUUCGUACCACUAGUGAAGAAUGUCACUGUCCGGGAGGAUCUGCCGAGCGGCCAAGAGGUGGCGUCCUACACGGCUCAGGACCCCGACAAGAUGCAGAUUCAAAAGAUCACCUAUAGGAUAGGUAAUGACCCGGCCGGGUGGCUCAGCGUGAACCCGGACAAUGGAAUCAUCACAGGAAACGGACAGUUAGAUCGAGAGUCCGUGUUUGUGAAGGACAACAUUUAUAAAGCCAUCGUCUUGGCUGUGGACAAUGGUUCUCCCCCAACCACCGGGACCGGCACCCUUCAGAUCACACUUGAAGAUGUGAAUGAUAACGGACCGGAGCUGGAAUAUCGAGACGCCGUAUACUGCCUGAAGAAUCAGGACCCCCUAUCUAUUAAAAUUAUUGACAGAGAUCUGCCCCCCUUUACAGCCCCCUACAGGGCGCAAGUGAGCCGCGAAGCUCGUGACAACUGGACGAUCGGCGUGGAGAAUGAUCAAUUUCUGAUUAAGCCAAGCAGGGAACUGGCUGAAGACAUGUAUAUUAUUCCCGUCACUAUCGCCGAUGGCGGCGAUUUAUCCAACACAACUAUGCUGAAAAUGCAAGUGUGCCAAUGUACAACCGAGAAUAACUGUGACAGUCCGAAGGCAUUGGCUGGAGGUCUGGGCAUCCCUGUCAUCCUGGGCAUCCUCGGGGGUAUCCUGGCUCUUCUCAUUCUCCUGUUGCUGCUUCUGAUGUUUAUGAGGAAGAAGAAGGUGGUGAAGGAGCCAUUACUUCCUCCUGAUGAAGAAACGCGUGACAACGUCUACUCCUAUGAUGAAGAAGGCGGAGGGGAGGAGGAUCAGGACUUUGACCUUGGUCAGCUGCACCGUGGUCUGGAUGCCCGGCCUGAUGUCAUUCGUAAUGAUGUGGCACCAACAUUCAUGCCGGCUCCCCAGUACCGGCCAAGACCAGCCAAUCCUGAUGAGAUCGGAAACUUCAUCGAUGAGAAUCUGAACGCGGCUGACAACGACCCCACCGCCCCCCCAUAUGACUCUCUCCUGGUGUUUGACUAUGAAGGCAGCGGGUCGGACGCCGCCUCUCUCAGCUCCCUGCACUCCUCCAGCUCCGGCGGGGAUCAGGAUUACAGCGCUCUGAAUGACUGGGGGCCGCGCUUCACCAAGCUGGCGGACAUGUAUGGAGGAGACGAGGACUAAUCUGCACACUGUCACCCUUCAGGAGGUGUCAGCGCCGCCAUCCCACAGCACUGUGUACAUCGCCAGUAUGGAGGACCAAUCACUUCUUCAUUCCCCAUCGCAGGACUCCGGCUUCGUGCUGAGCGAGUCGUCCUCAUGGGGGACUUCAGACGCCGCCUUCCUUCCUGCAGGAAAUGCGUUGAUUAUUAUUAUUAUUGUCAUUUUCUAUAGAUUGCGCCUUAUAAAGCAGACCUGUCACCCCAAAUCCUUUCACCAGACAAUCGGUAAAGGGCCCCAAAUUCAAAAAGUGCUUCGUAUAAAAAAACUCCCAGGCCGAGCCAAUCGGAGUCAGAGAUGUGAAUGAAAUGAAUGAGAUCCUAUAGAGGGAGAAUUUAUGUACUUCUUCAGUGUGUUGUCAUUGGUAAGUCAA